AUGGCAUCUCUCUGCGCUGCUGCUUCAUCCACAACGAUCGCAACGGUGGAGAACACAUGCUCGUUCACCGUGUGGCCAGGAAUAGCUUCAUAUGACAAAAAAAUAUUCCCCGAACCUGCAGAGUUUAAGCCGGUGUUAAAUUCCGGCGAGUCAUACUCUAUCCCCUUCGCUGCGGAAUGGGCGGGAAUCAUAUGGAAAGCCAACUGGACGCAAGUUAAUUUGCAGCGUCGUUAUGACCUCCCAAUUUCAACGCCAAUUACAGAGGUGGAGUUAAUGUCCGGCCUGUCUGCAGUGAAUUUGGAGCGUGGUUAUAACCUUCCAAUUUCAAUUAAGAGCGGUAGAUCGCAGGGAUGCAGUGCACAUGUUGCUGACGAUUGCCCGACAUAUUUACAGACGAAGGUCAAUAAUGAGGUGGUGGCGUGUAAAGGUAAGUGCAGCUUAUAUAGCAAGCAAUGCAGUCCGCCGGAUUUCGAUAUCGGUUUCAGGGAACGCUGCCCAAAUGUUGUUCCUUUCCAAGAUUAUCUAAGGUCCUCGCCUGACGAUGUUUAA